AUGUACCAACAGGCAGCUGCCGAUGAAUCCAAGAGAUCCAGUCGUGGCAUGCUCGCGCUGCUGUCGGCCUUGGUGCUGCUGGGGCUGGUGCUGCUGGAGCAGGGGAACCGAGGGAGGGUGCUUGCGAUAGAAAGGACGUCCAACGAGCUGAAGAAGAAAGCAAAGAUCGAGGACGAGCGAGCAAGGGCGCUGAGGAAGCAGGCCAACAUCGACUACGACAAGGCAGAGGAGCUGCUCAAGGACGUUGGGAUCACGACGCACUGGGUGGGGCAGAUGGCGAGGGAGGAGGCGUCGCUGAGCGAGGAGAUGAGGAUGGAUAAGGAGAACAUCAAGGAGGACAAGAGGAAGCUGCUGCACGUGGAAGUGCUCAAGAAGGAGAUCGCGAAGCUAAAGUCUGUCCUGCAAGAGAGGCAGAAGAAGCUCGAUGCCUCCAAGCAGCUCCUCGCCUCUACUCGCAGUGACCUGCUCCGGGACCAGCGGCGGCAUCAGGCGCAGGAGAAGAACGUGGCAAGGCUGCUGCAUCAGGCCGAUACCUUUGCGGACGAGGCGGAGAAGUCGUUGAAGCGAUCGCAGCAGCUGCGCCUGUCGUCGGAGUCCUCGUUCAAGGACCAGGCCUCCGAGGAGACGGCGGCCGACGACUUCCAGAAGGCCAACAAGCUCAAGAGAGCGUCCUCGGUCGACACCAGGAAGGCGCUAGACGCGCGUUCCAAGGCUCGUCUCGGCCAGGAGUACGUGGCGAUGCUGAAACAGAUGGUUGCUAAGGAGCGGAGGGACGUGGCGGUGGACCGAAAGCUGAGGGACCAGGACGUUGCCGGUGCGAGCAAGGAGCAGUCGGCGGUGGACCGCCUGCUCAAGGAGGAGAAGCAGCUGUCAAGACCCUCCCUGCUGGCAGAGGAGGCGGCGACCAAGUCAGACCUCGUGAAGGUGCAGGAGCGGCUCAAGGAGGAGGAGGCUGCGGUGACGCACAAGCAGACGGAGGCGAAGAGGGAGCAGCUGAGGGCGAUGCACCUGCUGCACAUGUCCCACAAGCUGCAGGGAAAGGCGGCCGACGCGCUCGCGGCCUCGACCAAGACCAUUCAGAUGGAGGAGAAGGAGGCGUGAGCAGCCGAGGGAGGAGAGGGGAGGAGGAGAGGGGAGGAGGAGGAGAGGAGACGACGCUGAGAGAAUGAAGGAGAGGAGCGAGGAAGGGUGAUGAGUCAACUUUAGUGAAUAGAUGAGAGU